UGCAGCAGUGAGUGCUGAUGGUAAACUGAAACUCAGGACAUUAGGAACCUCAGGAGCAUCAGAGCCCCGCAACCUGCCUGAAAUAAACCUGCAAUAAGCCCACAGUGCCACAGUGUUCUGAUCCACGGUGGAGUUUAAGGCAGCAUGAGGACUUUAGUGGUAUGGACGGCGAUCAGUGUGUGUGUGCACAUCGCAGUGACAGCCUGCUCAGUGAAAAGGCAGGGCAGUAACCCUGGGCGGUUUGCCAAUGCAACUUUAGUGCGUUUGUCUGAGUAUUUAAGCGCUGGAUAUAAAAAAGGAGUGCGACCUGUAAAAGACUGGCGGGACUCAACCAUGGUGGCCAUCGACUUAAUGGUCUAUUCAAUCCUGAAUGUUGAUGAGAAGAACCAGGUUUUGACAACGUAUGUGUGGUACAGGCAGCAAUGGAUUGACGAAUUCCUUGUGUGGAAUCCAGAGGAUUUUGAUGAAGUCCGUCAGAUCUCGGUACCUUCCGCAAAUAUCUGGGUACCUGAUAUUCUCAUCAAUGAGUUUGUAGAUGUUGGAAAGUCUCCCGACAUCCCAUAUGUGUAUGUAAACAAUGAGGGACUUGUGCAGAACUACAAGCCCAUUCAGGUGGUAACAGCCUGCUCUCUCAACAUCUACAACUUCCCCUUUGACGUCCAGAAAUGCAGCCUCACUUUUCAGAGCUGGCUGCACACUAUUAAUGACAUCAACAUCACGCUAAUGAGGACCCCACAGGAAGUGAAAGAGGACAAAUCUGUGUUCAUGAACCAGGGAGAGUGGGAGCUGCUGUAUGUCCUAUCCAACUACAAAUCCUUCAGUGUGGACAACGAUGACCACUAUGCUGAAAUGAAGUUCCACGUGGUGAUUCGCCGCAGACCACUGUUCUACACCGUCAAUCUACUUCUCCCCAGCAUAUUCUUGAUGGUGAUGGAUAUAGUGGGCUUCUACCUUCCCCCUGACAGUGGAGAGAGAGUAUCCUUCAAGAUCACUCUGCUGCUGGGAUACUCCGUCUUCCUCAUCAUAGUCUCUGACACGCUGCCAGCCACCGCCAUUGGCACCCCUCUUAUUGGUGUGUACUUCAUUGUGUGCAUGGCCCUGCUGGUGAUCAGCCUCACGGAGACAGUGCUGAUUGUGAGGCUGGUGCAUAAGCAAGACCUGCAGACGCAUGUGCCACAGUGGGUCAAGUACCUGGUGCUGGAGAAGGCCACCAUUCUUCUCUGCAUCCGCAACAAGAAGUUUUGCUCUCUGCUAGUACAUGAGUCUGACCUUUCACGCUUCAGAGAAAAUAACAUGAACACAGUGCGCUGUAACCAUCACCACUGUGACAGCUCCAGAGAUAUAGACAGGAAUCUCAUUAUGGGACUUCCCACUCGGGACAGCACUCCACCAGUCAUGGACAACAUCCUACAUGAAGUGUCGUCCAUCCGGCAGUACCUGGAGAAGAGACAGGCUUGUCGAGACAUUGCAAAGGAGUGGCUUCAGGUAGGCUAUGUGCUGGAUGUGCUGCUUUUCAGAGUCUACCUGCUGGCCAUGCUGGCCUAUACCAUCACCCUGGGCACACUCUGGUCUGUGUGGCAGUAUGCCUGAAAGAGCAGAGAAAUGUUUCCUUAUGCUGUAUCUCUUAUUAAAAGCAGUUGCUGUGUGUUGGCAGUUAACACAUUUGUGGAAAAUUGAAAUAUACUUGACACAAUCGGUGUCCCACAACAGAACUGCUAGCUGUUCAAGCACUGCAGUAUGAUUACAGUAAGGUGUGUCAGUCGAGACUCACUGCGCCACUCAACAAUUUCAGCUUUUGUUGCAAUAUAUAACUGCUGAUGUCGCUUUAUAUGUUUGACAAAAUGCUUGGAUGUGUACAAGUUUGUGUAAGAUCUGAACAAGCAUUAAAGAAAUUGAUAGAGACAUUAAAGGAUGAAGCAUUCGCAUCUGUAGCUAAUAUUGCUGUAUCUGAAGUAACUUUUUGAAAAAAUUUAACCUCCUUAUAGAAAAGUCACAUUUUUUUCCCACAAUUGAUUUCUUGCAUGAUGUAUUUCAUUUCCAUUAAAUACAUUUCCACUUUUUCAAUUCUUUUUUUAAAUCUAUUUUUUGUUGAAUUGUGUGUGUUUGUGUGUGUUUUUUUCUACAUCUAGCACAUGGUUUAUUCUGUGAAGAUUAAUUUACUUUUUAUGUAAUUUUAUAUGUAGUGCAUGUGUUAUUGUCGAUUUCUCACACAAUUAAUUUAGGUGUGAUUUUCUCAUAUAAUUUAAUUUGAUUUGAAAAUGUGUCUCAAAAAAUUUAAUUUAUAACAAUCACAAGUGGAAAAACACGAUUAUAUGUGAAAUGUGAUUUUUUUUUAAAAAUGUUAAUAAAUAACAUUAAUGAUAUAUUUAUGGAUACUGUUAACAAUAUCACAAUUUGAGCUUUAUUAUCAUCAACAGCAAUUCAGAAUGGAGUCAUUUUGUUAUGCAUACCCUGCUGUUGCAUUAUAAUUUCCAUUCUCUGUGUAUGCCUUAAUCAGUUUAAUGACACUGUCGUCUUCACAUGUAUUUAAAGUGUGCAAAUGCUGUAUUAUAAUGGCAGAUAAUAUCCAAAAUAUCUCAAUGUCUUACAUACCCGUGAUCAUACACAUAUCAUCAUAUGUAUCUUCUAGAUCAGCCAAUACAAGUUUAGUGUCUUCAAUGUAAAAGAAGCUUAGAGCUUGCAAUUCUAGUUUAAUUCUAAAUAAACACACACUCACAAUCAGAAGACAUAUUUUGUCUCCAUACUAGCAUUUGUACAUACACAGUUACAUAAAAUAAGAAUAUAACAGUAAUAAUGGCUAUCAGUAAAUUAAAUAAAACAAACUGAAACUACAUUAUAACUUGAUUCACUUCUAGCAUACAGUUCAGUUCUAGAUCUGACUCAGAUGCCAGUGUUAAAAGCGAGCAAAGGUGAGGAAGAAAGCGACUUUGCUUCAGGAAGGCUGCCAUGACUGUUUUUAGCUCUGUGACUGUUUUUGUAAUUUUUUUUUUUAGAUGACUGUGUAUUAUACAAUGUCAGAAUGUGUAAUGAUUUAGGUUUAGCAUUAAAGGCAAAUUUGAUUGAA